AUGACAGAAUUUAGUGGGUCUUUGGUUGAUGAAUCAUUAGAUAGUGAGUUAUCAAUUGGUGGGUCUUUAGUCAGUAGAUUACCAGCAAAUAGUGAUAUGACGGCCCAAGCUUUAGCCUCUAAAAAAAGAACAUUAAAUGAUAAAGAUACCAAUAAAGCAAGUGGACAAGCAACUAAAACCGCUCAGAAGGCUGAAAUUUGUCAAUUGCGGAAAAGUAAUUUUACUCAGCUUGAACUUGCAAAUAAGUUCAAUAUUGGUGAAUCAACGGUCUCAAAAAUACUUAAACAACAAAAUUAUUGGCUUUCAAUUGAUUCUAACUCAAAGAAAGCAAAAUCUAAACGAGAUCGUUCAGCUAAGUAUCCUCAACUUGAAGAAAUACUAAGCCUGUGGAUUUUAAAAGCUGAAGCACACCAUCAAACAAUUACGGGUGCAAUUAUUCAACGUAAAGCAUUCCAAUUCGCAGAACAGCUGCAUAUUGAUAAUUUUGAGGGGUCAGAAGGGUGGCUCGCCAAUUUUAAAAAAAGGUUUCACAUUAAAGAGUAUAUGAAGCAAGAAGAAGGGGCUAGUGCACCGAUUAAUGAUCUUUCACAUUAUCAUGAUAAACUUAAAGAUGUUAUCAAAAAUUAUCAUCCUUGGGAUAUAUAUAAUUGUGAUGAAACAGCUGGGAGAAAAAUUCUUUUAUUAAUGGAUCAAGCUUCACCACACUCUCUUGAAGAAGGAUUCGUUCCAUCUAAUAUUAAAAUUUACUAUUUUCCUUCUAAUACUACAGCCUACUUACAAUCCUGUGAAGCUGGUAUCAUUUGGAGUUUUAAAACACAUUACCAUAAACUUUUUUGUGAAAACCGUAUCAUAGCCUAUGAGGAAACAAUAGAAUCUGGUGAAGAUGCACCAGAUUAUGAGCUUAUCGAUCUUACCUUACCAAGACCGCAAUUAGAAGCUGCCAACCUCAAUCCUACUGAUUUUCUUCCUAUAACUAGUCCAAUGCAGGCAAAUGAUUUUAUUAAUAUUGAUAAUAGUGUUGAAACGGAUAUUAUGCCAAGUGAUGCUGAAAUAAUUAAUACUGUGCUCGAUCGUGAUUGUGAUGAAGAUGAAGAUAAGGAGCCUGAAGUUCAUAUUUCUUAUAAAGAGGUCAUUACAAAUAUCAAUAAUAUCCUUUGUUUUAUUAAUCAAGAGAAUAGAUUUAGUAUAGAUGGAUCUUUUAUUCAAAAGUUAAGUAGUUUUAAAAAAGAUGUUGUAAGGGAUAGUAUUGCAAAAAAAAAGACAAACAACACUAGAUUUAUAUAUGCAAGGUUAAUG